AUGGCAGCCUUUCUGCGGUUUUCUUUGCUGUUUUGCAUCUAUUGCCUCAAUGCGAUCGAUGCUCAUAUCCAACACUUUGGUAAUGUUUGGUGCCAAGCCCAGAGGGGCCAUUGUUUUGGUGAGCGACGCAGCUUUCGAGAGAAGGUCCUGCCGACCCUGCAGGGUCAGCGCUACCGGUGCUUGCGAUUUGUGGAUUGGGAUCAGGAUGGUGACACAGAUGUCUUGGUCGGAGCAGGUCCUGGAGAAACUAUUUGGUUCCAUGAGCGCCUAUCCAAUGAGAGUUUCAUCCCACAUCAGCUCCUGCACCUUCCCAAGAGAGGGCCAGAAAUUCCAAAAGGUUACCUUGACUCUUGGCCCGUUGGUAAAAGAGAUCAAGUGUGGGAUGAAUACCUGAAUUCCACAUUUCGAUUCGAUGUGGCGGACUGGGACGGUGAUGGAGAGUUGGAUUUGUUGCUUUGCACGCUCGUUGACGACUUAGUCAGGGUAAGUGUUCUAGAUCACUCCCUUCUGCCUGCUGAAAGCGGAGAAACCGGAGAAGUAAUUUUGUUGACCAAUGGGUCCGCCUGUGACUUGCUGGCGGUGGACUUUGACGAGGACGGUGACGUGGAUGUCAUUCUUGGUCGUGACAAGUAUCAGCCAACAUAUUCCAGAUACUUUGAGCGUAUCUCUGACGGGCAGAUUGUUGAGCGGAAUGAAAAUCAGAAUCCGCUGGAAUUUUUCGAGGAGGACAUAAAAGUCAUCGCUGAUCUGGACGGCGAUGGACAAUUAGAGAUCAUUACAAGUUGGUACAGUGACUUUGGUAAUACUCUUCUUACUCAGCGUACUUAUUUCCGCGUUUUCCGUCGUGCCCUGGAUGGUAGUUUCGUGGAAGCGGUCGACAAACCCUUCUUGAACAUGCAAUAUUUUUCUCACGUCAACGACUAUAGAUUUGAUGUGUUUGUUGCAGAUUGGAAUUCAGAUGGUUUGCCAGAUGUUUUGACGGUUUCUGUAAGCCCUAUUCAUUCUGUUCGUGGCCCACCAUCAUUCUCAUUGGAUCGCUGCCUUCAACAGCUUCGCGAUCUCGACCUUGUGCGCAACUCUCAAAUCAGCACCUACGAGGACAUUCAAGGCGAAGACCGCUUGCAAGUCGUUGUCGUAGAUUGGAACCAUGAUGGUCUGGAGGACAUACUCACUGUGCAGAACGAUCCUGAGGUGUCACGUCUUCGUUUGUAUGAAUUUCGCGGCGAAGAUAUGAGGGAAGUGUUUGGUGUCUUUGAAAACAUCUCAAACAGCCUUGCAAUUGGCUUUGAGCAACGCAUGAGUGUAGCUAUAGGAGACUGGGACCUUGAUGGUGACUUGGACCUCCUCAUAGCAUCAACGAAAGAUAGAAAACUGCAUUACCACGAGAUGGUUUCUGGUCGUUUCCAGAAAGAGCGUCCGCACCAUCCGUUUUCGAACAUUCGAUUGAACAUCACGUAUCUGCACUCAUACAUCUCAUACCCCCUGAAAUCAUGCCUUCCUUCAAUGGUUGAUUUUGAUGGUGAUGGCGAUAUGGAUUUGUUCCUGGGUCCGCCAGAUGGCAGGUAUUUCGAACAGUUGGCAAAUGGGACUCUUCGUGAGUAUCCCUUGGAACAAAGCCCCGUGAAAAGUGUCCUGAUGAAGCAGCCAAGCGAGGGCAAUGAUGAAGAUCUCACCUGGCAGUUUGUCGAUUGCGAUGAUGAUGGAGAUGCUGAUCUAAUCAGGUUGGCCCCAUGGACGGAUCCCCCAGUGCAAGCUUGUGAGCAUGAUGAUUUGUCACAUGCAUUGCAAUGUCGCCCUGAUUUUUUGUGCAAAGGAGCCAAUCUCAGUCGAUUCAACAGGAGUGGCCCACUGGCGCAACUUGGCCCUCCCCGGAAUCUGGAUUUGGGAUUUGUUGCAGAUGGCCGUCUCAAGCUGAUUGCGCGUCAUAGUGGUAACUUAAUGCUUUGGAGUUCGGGCUUCUGUGUGCCAGCUGAACCUUGCAACUCAAGAGGUAUGUGCCCUCCCAGGCACAAUCUGUGUAGUUGCGUUGUGGGUCGUGAACUGCGUGAUUGUUCUGGAUGCCAACCCAACUUCUACAGCAUAAAUCCGAAGCUGCGGCACUUGCAUGACUGCGAGGCAUGUCCUGGUGUGAAUGGCCAGGUUUGUUAUGGUCGAGGCAGUUGUAUGGAUGAUGUGACAGCGAAAGCACUUGCAACGGAAUCCACUGCGGCUUUGAUGGCAACGGGCAACGGAUCGUGUAGCUGCAAUGAGCAUCAUUUUUUUGGAAGUGACGAUCAUGGCCGAAGCACCUGCGUUGAGGGUGUUUGCCCAGCUGGCAGUGAAGAGGAUGAUAAUGGAAAUUGCAAUCCUUGCCCUGCGGGGUCCUUCUCUUCAGCAGGGGGAUUUUGUAAGGAAUGUGGCCCUGCAACAUUUUCUCUGGCAGGAAGUGGCAGCUGCUCAGUUUGUUUGCCAGGCACCUUCUCAAAAGAAUCAGGCGCCUCUGCCUGCCAAUCAUGUGCUCCUGGCACUUAUGCAGAGGAAGGCAGCGCCAGAUGCACCAGUUGUCCUCCAGGUUCUAUAUCAUCAGUUUCUGGCAGUGGUUCCUGCUCUCAGUGCCCUCAAGGGAAAUAUGAAGUCGCAAAUCAAGUUUGCAGUGAUUGUGAUGUAGGCACUUAUGCAAAAGAGGGCAGUGCCAGAUGCAGCCAGUGUCCUCCAGGUUCUGUAUCGGAUCCGAACGGUGGUUCGUGCGUUCAGUGCGCUCCAGGAAGUGUCUCUUCUGCAGACGCUCUCUAUUGCCAGGUGUGUGAAGCCGGGAGAUAUGAAGUCAGAAACCAAGUUUGCAUUGCUUGUCCUUCCGGUUCCAUCUCGCCUCCCCAACAAAGGAGCUGCACCACGUGCCCAGCUGGUCGCUUUGCCCAAACUUCCUUGACAUGCGAGCCAUGUUUUGGUGGAACCUUUGCUCCCAACGGAAGCAGUGCAUGCAAGCCUUGUCCCACUGGUCACGUGUCCGGUCCAAAUAGCGCAGCCUGCCGAAGCUGUGACAGUCUUCUUAUUCAAGCCAUUCCAGAUCCCACAAAGCAAAGCUGCCAAGUUCCCACCAUGGACCUUGUUUUUGCUUUGAUCGCCUUGAUUACUUCAACAUGUCUUGGCGUCCUGGUCUUUACCGGAUUGCUUGGUCGAAUUCCGAUCGCAGACGUGUCUGCGCGAGGCGAAAAGAUUGUGGUGACAACUUCCGUGGCCCACUUUCUCUUGGAGCGGGCAUGCCCAGCUGUGGCCCUCACAGGUACCGAGAUUCCUGAUCUGGAGCGUUCCAAUAAUUUUACAGUGAAAGCCUUGAGCAUGUAUCAACUCACUCUUCAGAGUGAGCAAAGUGACAACAACAAACCACUGGACACAUCUAUGGGGCAUUUGCAUUUGAAGUUCCCACAUGCUUUUUGUUCAGCAGGACUGUGGCGUUGUCCAUUGAUCUGGUGGUGUUUGCUUUUUCUUGCAGCUACUGUGGGAGCUGUUAGCCAGCUGAAUUGGUGCCUUGAACUGCUGGCCUGCGGACUGGGUCUGUGUACAGGGGCCUUGGCUUUUGCGUGGAGGUUUAGGCAAGGCGAGAGCACGAAAAUGGUGAAACGCAGGCGUCAAUUUCUGAAAGCGUGGCCUUUGGCUCUUGAGAAAUGCUGUCGCGGACCAGAUCGCUCAAUUACUGCAGGGAAAUUGCAAGAUUUCUUACGGUAUUUCGAAAGUUUCAUCAGAGAGCGCUCUAUGUACUAUGUGUGCUCUAACAUUGUGAAACCCCUCACCCAACCAUACCAACUUUCCUUUGCAGAACUCAUAGGCCCAACGGAGAUCCAAUGGUUCGUGAGCCACUAUUGGGGAAUGUCCGUUCGUCAUCUCAGUGAUGCCAUUUGUAAACAUGCUGAAGGCUGUGACGGAGAUUGGCGAGAUUCUGCCUAUUGGAUUUGCACGUUCAGCAACAACCAAUGGCUUGUGAAAAAUGAACUUGGUGAUGGUAGGUGGCAGGAAUCUUCAUUUUACCUUGCGCUCACAUCCCCACAAUGCAAAGGCACGGCCAUGAUUAUUGAUGAGUCGGUGUCACCUCUGCAAAGGGUGUGGUGUUUGUUUGAAGUUUACCAAACAAUUUGCCUAUCUCGCAGUGAACACUUUCAAGGUUUGCUUCUGUGCGCUUCCACUGGUGUACUGCAGCAAGGCAAGGCUGGCACUGAUGUGGCAGUGGCUGUAGCCAAAAAAGUGGCAGAACUCGACACUCGUGGUGCUCAGGCAAGCGAUGAAACAGACCGACAAAUGAUUCAUUCGCUGAUCGAGCAAAUGCCAGGAGGUUUUGAUACUAUGAACAGAUUUGUACGAGACACUAUUUGCAAUGCUUUGUGGGCCUCGCAUGUACAUUAUGAGGGCAUCUUCAAGAGCCUUAUGUACGACCUGACAUCAGAGGUUUCUGCAACACUUCCUGCCCCAUUGCCGACCAUUCUCACCAGUACUCCGCAACAGUCCAGAACUGUGGACAACAAGCAGUGAACAACCUGUUGAAACAAUUUGUCCCAGACUCAUCGGAAGCCAAAGCGCACAAAAUUUGAGCCCAGCAAUCUUUAAGGCAGUCUUUGCAAGAAUUAGUUUCAAUAUGUUUCAAUUGGUUUGCCAAUGUUUGCCAUCAACAAAAGGGUGGCGCUGCAAUCCAUUUGACAUCUUGCAGAGGGCCAUUGCCGCAGAUUAACAUCGCUGACACUUCGCGCCUUUAGGGGCGCUGCUCCAGCCCCUGUUCAUGUGGAUCAUGUGGGAUGUUCAACUGAUUCAGUCAUGAUAUGCUACAAUCUAGCAAUAUCUAGCAUCCCAAGCCAUUUCGUCUUCAGAUUGUCUUUAUAUCGUCUUCAGUGGUUCAUCUUUGCACUCCACGGGUUGAUUGUCGCCAGCCUGCACAAGAUGGGUUGGCAAGCAUCGAAAAGAUCGAAAA